CGAAACCAUAAUAUCAGUGAAGAUUUCUCCGAUAUCAUGCGUCAUUAUGUCGAGAUCACCUUCGUUACUUGAAGGAUGGAAGCUGAACUCAAAUCGAAUUUGACCGCUUCUGGAAGAAUUUACAAAUUGUCGAGGUGGCGCACCCAUCGUUUUACGACACCUUGACCUUCAAGCGCACCACAACCUCCGUCAAGGAACUAUGCCGCUGGAUCGUCGCCCGACGAGGUUGCGAGUUAAAAAACAUAGUAAGAAACAGAAAAGUGAUGAAGAAAUAGAAUCUGAUAGUGAAGCGAGUUCCGUUGGAUCUGAAACAGAGUCUGAUAUCUCAGUACAUGAAAGUGCUCAUGAGAAAAAAGUACGACUCACAAAGAAGGCCAUUCAGAAAGCACUUGAAACAGUUGGUUCGGAUGACGAGAAGUACGAAGCUCUUUCUUUACGUCUCAAAGAGGAGGCACUGCAGGCUAAGGGAAAGUUUUUAGCAAAGUUCGCACAUCAGAUCAAAUUCUUGAAUAAGGAGGAAAUUAUGGUUCUUAGAGGUCAUAGAAAAUCUGUCUCUUGUGUAUGUAUUUCUGAAGACGGUAAAUUUGCCUACACUGGAGGGAAAGAUUCUUCAGUAAUUAAAUGGGAUCUAAGCACUAUGGUAAAACUGUGUUCUAUACCUGGAGGGAAACGUGGAACAAAAUAUCCCUAUCAUACUGGCUCGAUUCUGUCUAUUUCCAUAUCCAGUGACAGUAAAUAUUUAGCUUCCUCCAGUAUGGACCAUUCCGUUAUAAUAUGGGACCCAAAUGAAAUGAAAGUUUUCAUGAAACUACUGCACCAUAAGGUACCAGUCACAGCUGUUAGUUUUAGAUACCAUUCACACAUGUUGUUUACAGCAGAUUGUUCUGGUCGUGUUUGUGUUUGGAAUAUGCCUUUGAAAGAGGUAUUACAAGACCAAGGGGCAAGAACAAAUAUCGAAGUGUUAGGAUUAUGUGGUUUGGUAUCUGAACGAUGUGUUUCAUGUUCUGGGUUUGGUGGUCCCGGCGUUUGUGUCUGGAAAGUUCCAGAAGAAAUAUGUGUUCAGUAUAGUACAAAAAACACAUUAGAGAGUUCAGUAGAAUGCAUUUAUGCAGUCAAUGACGAAAUUUUUAUAGGGGGUUCUUCUACAAAUUUACAAUUCACCCCUCUCUAUUCAUUUUAGUACCAUUUAUAUUUGGCAUUCAAGUAGAGGUAGCCCUGUAUUUACUGUUUCUCCUGCUCACCCUGUGGCAAAAUUAUGUCCACCGUCGAUAUCAGAGCCUUUUAUCCGACCAGUUGCGAAUUGGGUUUCUGCCAUUACUGGUCUAUAUGGAACUGAUCUAAUUGCUUCAGGUUCCUCCACAGGGCACAUACAAUUUUGGCGACUUGUUCAGCCACAGUUGGAUCGUUCAAAUGAAGUUAAAGUACAACAACAACAACGAACACAGAUCAGUAUUGAACGCAUACCAGGUUUAGGUAUUUCAUUGGGUGGUUUUAUCAAUGGACUGGCUUUCUCUUCUGAUCGUCGAUAUUUAGCUGUUUGUUUAGGUCAGGAACAUCGGUUCGGUCAUUGGGAGCCUAGACGUCAUGUCACCAAUGGUUUAUUCCUAAUCCCACUGAAUGUAUCCUAGUUUAUGAUUACCUCAUGAUAAUUAACUUAACAGAAAUUGUAAAUCAGAAACUUCUUCAAAAUAAACUUGUUUUGAUACAUAUUUUCUCUUUAUUUUACUAUCAAAAGACUAGUCAUUGACCAACCGUUUUAUACUUUAAAAGUGUGGUUUUUAAAUUAAUUUUCAGUAUAUCUCUUCGGUAUAAUAAUCAAAACUUUUUUAGUAUAUUUGUUACUGAACACGUAAUCCUAAUACUAGAUGUAUGUUGUGGAUUUAUCGAAUCGCCUUAUUGUACGUAUGUUUACACUC